UAAAUGUUAAGAAAAAAAAAGCUAGAUUCUAUUUCUAGAUCAAGUCGGACUAUCGUCAUCGAACAGUUACAAUAGAGUGUAGACCAACGCACCUUAAUAAGAUGAUAAUGAUUGUUCUAAAUCUACAUUAAAUGUAAUCAUUUUAUAUUCUGAAUGUAGAUCUAUUUUAAACAAAAAGACUUUAUUCUAGAUUUACACCUGACCUACUGUUGAAAAUUUUCUGCAUUUCUUCUCUCAUUGCCCCUGAUAAAAGGAAUUAUUCUGGUGGAUAAUUACAUUAUUAAAGUAUGUGUGACAUAGAAACAGAUUGUGUUUAUAUCCCCAGAACAUUUAAAAAAUUCGACAAUGAUGACAACAUUUUAAAAGAUAAGCAAGCAUUUCUCUCAAGCUUGUCCAAAUUUUCACAAGCUGGUUCUGAAACAGACUGCGCAACACUUUUGGAAACCAUCUUUAACUUUGCUAAGAAAAAACUGAAGUUCAAUGAUAAUGAGAAAAAAGAAGUUGGCACACUCAUAAAGAAGAGAUUGGAAGACAUUUCAAAUUUCCUGUUUGAUUUUGCAGUAGACUUUGAUCCUACAAAGGAAAUUUCACUAUUUGAAUACAGAUCAGCUCUACAUGUGAUUUUGGAGGAUUACAAAGAUUUUCCUACAGAUGUGUCUGGGGAAAGAUUACAGAAAUCUCUCAAUGAAAUUUUAUUGGACGAUGACACUGUUUCUGAAAUGGAUGAAGCCGUUAAGAUUUGGAGAAGUUAUGUUGUUUCUGAAAGUCAGAAGUAUUCAGUGAAUGACCUCAGGAGACCAUCUGGUAUUUCAGACAAGCACUCAUGGUGGUUUUAGAAAGAAUUUUUAAAGCUAUAAUUUCCUUUUAAGAAUCAGGAGAAAGAUCUGGGUUUUUAGUUUGAUCAUUUGUAUUGUCAUCUUCUAAUAUGGAAUAACAUAACUAUUUUCAUAAAUUCAAGAAUGUCAUUAAAAAGUCAAAAUAUUUUCUUCAAGUGAGUUGUAGGCAUUUAAUUAAAAUCUGAGUUUUGAUUAUCCUGCUUUCUUUGCCUAGAAAACAAUAUUUCCUUUAUUAUUGACAAUUGAUAACAUAUCACUAAUUGCAAUCACACUGCUAUUAUUGCAAUAUUGUGCUGUACAGUUUAAAAACCAUUACACAGGCAAUGAUUAAAUUGUAAAUGAACAAGUUUGUUUGUUUUUUUUACAGUCAUAUAUUCCAGCAAUGAGUUGUAUUAGUAUUGAAAGCUCUAUUGCAGUGAUGGGUAGAGAUUUGUGAAGAUCUGCAAUAAGCCUUUCUUCUUUAGUCUAUAAAAGCACUUUACACUAUCAGAUUGAAUAGAAGUAAGGAACUCAUGAAAUUAUCUGUGAAUAAGCCCAUGGGAGUGAAUAGUAUUUAGAAGUUUUACUCUUACAUUAGUUUUUUUUUUUUUUAAGUGAUUUCUACAGAGAUGUCUUGAUGUAUGGUGCAGUGUAAGGAAAUAAAAUUGGGUAGUUUAGUCUGAAAACAAAUCCAGAUAUUUUCCUUGUAUUUGAAGCUUCAUCCAUCAUAAUUUUGGAUAGUCUUAAUAUAUACUUCCAAAAUUCUUAGAUUUUUCAGUAAUUCCUAAAACAAUAUCUAGAUUCUUUUAAUAAUAAUAACAUGCAUACUAACUCCUCAGUAACAAACAUUUUCACCAAUGUAUUAUCAUUUGCUUUGUAUCAUUCACAUCUGUACUGUUCUUUUUUUUUUUACUCAUAAUAAUCAACCAGAGCUUCAAGUUGGUCAUCUUCUAGGCCAAGUGUAAUGUACAUUUGUAUCUAUUGAUUCCUAAAUUCAUAUUUUAAUGUUAUAGUUUAAAAAAAAACAAAAAAUAUUUCAAAUCCUUUAUAAAUUUGAAUCAUACUAUUAUUACAUUAACAUCCUAGUGUAUUAUUACUUUUAGUAACAUUGUGAACUACAAUAUAACUAUUAUAUUAAGCAGCUGUCUAAAAAUUAUCACCUACUGAAAAAGUUUUUGUUUGGUUUUAAUUAUUGAUCUAAUUCAGCCUUUUGUUUUCUUUUGAUAUCAGUCGUGUAUGCAUCCAGAGUGUUAUUACAUUUAUAAGUUAAAAGGCAGAAAAUAUUAUAAAAAGUAAUGUAGAGUUCCCCUUUCAGACCUUUUGGUCUAUAGGGUAGAUAAUGUAAAGGUCAUCUCAUGAUGUGGCCUAUGGUUAACGAGGGUGUCAUGGGGCCAGCACAACGACCAACUGCCUUUACUUUUCUCCAACUAAUGUCAGGUACCCAUUAGAGCUGAAUGAACUCAGAGGUGCCCAAAGAUCCUGAAAUUAAAAAUCCCAAUCUUCAUCAGGAUUCGAAACUGGGACCCCCAGAAAAUAUUAUAGUGUUUAUAAAUGAUGUUUCAUUGUCAAUAACAGAAAAGUGGAUGUCUUUAAAAUGUAUGAGAAGUAACCCUAUCUUUUCCUUGUUAAAAACACACAAUUCUGAAUAAACACAUUUUUUGACAUUUUUAAGUGAAAAAGUUCUAUGAAUAUGGUAUAAGAAACACUAAACACCAACUCAAUAGUCACUUAAUUUGAAUAACUUUGAAUGUACACCAACAUUUUGUUUACUGUGCUUAUGUGUACAUUUCAAAUUAGCAGACUCAACCAGUGGUGAGUAAAAAAAAUAAUAAAAUACAAAUUCGCAAAAUUUGUAUACCCUUUCAACCCAUAAUAAAAUGAAAUGUUUAUUUUUAAAUAUUACAAAACAUUCGGCACACUGGAUUAAAGUUUUCCAUGGGGGCUAAGUUGGUCUGCCACCUGCAGUUUGUCCAUCAUUUCUCUAUCUUAUGUUUAAUUUAUUUGAUCUUAUAAUUGUAGAAUUCAGUGCUGUGUGCAAUAGAUUUUUAUGUUCAUAUUAUAAUGUACCGGUAGUAUAACAAUUAAUUUGUUCUCAAAAUGUUUACAAGGAGAAAAGUAUUUCUUUUCUUUUUAAUAAUAAAAAAAUUGUUUUCAAAUCGUA